CUCCCGGGCGAUACCAGCGCCUCCUGCACCAUGGGCAACGCGCUCGGCGUGCUGGACUGGCCCAGCGCCGCUCAGGUGCUGCCUCUGGACGUGACGAGCGCAGAGAGCGUGGCCGCCUUCAGCCGCGGCGUCGAGCUCAUACUCAAAGAGGACGAAAAGCGGCAGCUGCUGGCGCUCGUUAACAACGCUGGCGUCAUGGUCUUCGGGGAGUUCGCCUGGCAGACGGAGCGCCAGAUCGAGCAGCAGAUCCAAGUGAACCUGUGGGGGCCGCUGCGCGUGACGCGUGCGCUGUGCGGGCUGCUGCGCGAGCACGCGGCGCGCGUGGUGACGGUGAGCAGCCACUGCGCGCUGGAGGCGCUGCCCGGGCUGGCGCCGUACGCGGCCACCAAGGCGGCGCUGGAGGCGUGGAGCGCGGCGCUGCGCGUGGAGCAGGCCAGGCACGGCGUGCGCGUCGUCACGCUCGUGCCGGGCACCUUCAGCACGAGCAGCAACAUCAUGGCUCGCCACGAGGAGCACGCGCGCGAGAUGGAGCGGCAGCUGCGCCGAGAGCGGCCGCGCGACUGGGCCUACUACGAAGACCACUUCCGCGCCUUCCACCGCUACCUGCAGGCGCUGGCGGGCGACAAGGGCGUCGCCGAGAUCCGCGACCCGCGCCUCUACUUCAAGUACGAGUGCUGCCUGCUCGCCCUGUGGCCCAAGCAGCAGUACGUGAACGCGCCCGUCCGCUACAACGUGUACCACACGGCCAUGCGGCUGGCGCCCCGCUGCGUCAGGGACCGCCUCGUCACCGCCUUCGUGCAUCUGCCAGCCUUCCAGGGUAAAGCAGCGUAGGGGGCUUUGGCGCGUUGCGAAAUGGCGCGGAAUGGGACGAGCGUGUAGAGCGCUCGCCACGUGGGGCGUCGCCUAGUUGUUCGGGCAUGGCCGAGGUACGUGCGUGUCUUUCCUCCAUAGGCAGGCGCUUUGAACACGAAACGAGACUGAUGGAAUUACUUACAGGAACUACAACGUAGUGGUUACCCAAAGUUUGUUAGGUUAGAUUGAACUUCCUUACCUUUUGUACUUGCAUACAAAUUAGUUCUGUAUGAAGUUGUUAUUAAUUCCGAUGAAAAAAUAACUAUUUUCACUUGUAAAUGAAAAACACGUGUACCAAAGCAACAAAAAUUACGAAUACUCGUCUGGACAGAGCUAAUUUACACAUUAGAAAGUGAAGGUGAUGUUAUAGGUGUUUGUAUAUAUGAUGUUUACUUUAUUGUAGCAUGGUACAUAAUAUUUCUGCUAUUGGAAUAUUCAACUAAAAUAUGCUAGCAAGUAAUAAUAUUGGAUAAGCUAAACAUAUUCUAAAAUCAGGUACAUGGACAGAAGUGAAAUUGUAUAUCAUUCUAGUUUUCAUAUGUGUACCCGGUUAAUAAUUAUUAAUGAUUUAUUUCCUU